CGGUCGCCUCAGUUAUCCAUCGAAGAAGCAGCUGAUUGAAAUGUGCCAAUCAGAUAACCCACAAGCCUUUUGUGCACCCUGUGAUAGUGGGUGGACCGAAAAGAACAACACUUGCUACAUCGUGAUGAGAGGCAAAGUCAACUGGACUGCGGCAGACUCGCACUGCAAACAAUUCCAGGCAAAUCUUGCUUCGAUUAAGGACGCCGACGAGAACAGCCUCGUAACAAGUCUCAUCGGUAGCGCCCCCGAAGGCAGGACGCCACUUGUCUGGAUUGGACUCAAAGACGUAAAAAAACGUAGAGGGCAGAAGUGGGCGUGGACUGAUGGGUCAAGUUUCUCUUUCGCCAACUGGGCUCGGGGUCUACCUUCUAACCUGAACCUUCCGAAACAAAGGAAGAAUUGUGUUGGAAUGUACUCAAAGAAUACCAAAGGCAAGGGUCUGUUAAAGAAGAAGAAGAAGAAGAAGAAAGGAGAGUGGACUAACGCGCAUUGCAGCAACACCUUCCCCUACAUCUGCAUGAAGCCGAAACUGAUGAAAACUUGAUUUAAAAAAACA